AGAAUCACGUCUUCUGGAUGCAGUUGAAUCAGGCCGUUUUCAGGAAGUAAAACGGUCGAUUCAAUCUGGCGCUGAUGUUAAUAAAAGAAGUUUGUUUGGCGAGGCAGUGCUUCACUCAGCUGCUGAACAUGGUUCAUUGGAAAUUGUCAAAUAUUUAGUUGAACAUCAUGCUGAUGUUAAUGCAAAAGAUCAUUUUGGUAGGACAGCGCUUCACUAUGCUGCUGAACGUGGUUCAUUGGAAAUUGUCAAAUAUUUAGUGGAACAUCGUGCUGAUGUUAAUGAAAAACGUUUGUUUGACAAGACAGCGCUUCACUAUGUUGCUGAACGUGGUUCAUUGGAAACUGUCAAAUAUUUAGUUGAACAUGGUGCUGAUGUUAAUGCAAAAUGUUGGUUGGAUAACAAGACAGCGCUUCACUCAGCUGCUAAACAUGGUUCAUUGGAAAUUGUCAUAUAUUUGGUUGAACAUCAUGCUGAUAUUAAUGAAAAAUGUAGUUUGGGCAAGACAGCGCUUCACUAUUCCGUUCAACAUGGUUCAUUGGGAAUUGUCAAAUGUUUAGUUGAACAUCGUGCUGAUAUUAAUGCAAAACAUUGGCUCAGUAACAAGACAGCGCUUCACUCUGCUGCUGAACAGGGUUCAUUGGAAAUUGUCAAAUAUUUGAUUCAAUGUGGUGCUAAUGCUAAUGCAGAAUGUUCGUUUGGCAUAACAGGGCUUCACUCUGCUGCUAAACGUGGCUCAUUGGAAACUGUUAAACAUUUCGUUGAAUCUGGUGCUGAUGUUAAUGAAAAAGAUCGUUCAAAGAAGACAGCGCUUCACUAUGCUGCUGAACGUGAUUCAUUGAAAAUUGUGAAAUAUUUAUUUAAACAAGGUGCCGUUGUUAAUGCAAAAGAUUCGUCAAAGAAGACAGCGCUUUUCUUUGCUGCUGAACAUGGUUCGUUGAAAACUGUCAAAUAUUUAGUUGAACAUGGUGCUGAUAUUAAUGCAAAAGAUUGGUCAAAGAAGACAGCGCUUUUCUUUGCUGCUGAACAUGGUUCGUUGAAAACUGUCAAAUAUUUAGUUGAACAUGGUGCUGAUAUUAAUGCAAAAGAUUGGUCAAAGAAGACAGCGCUUUUCUUUGCUGCUGAACAUGGUUCGUUGAAAACUGUCAAAUAUUUAGUUGAACAUGGUGCUGAUAUUAAUGCAAAAGAUUGGUCAAAGAAGACAGCGCUUUUCUUUGCUGCUGAACAUGGUUCGUUGAAAACUGUCAAAUAUUUAGUUGAACAUGGUGCUGAUAUUAAUGCAAAAGAUUGGUCAAAGAAGACAGCGCUUUUCUUUGCUGCUGAACAUGGUUCGUUGAAAACUGUCAAAUAUUUAGUUGAACAUGGUGCUGAUAUUAAUGCAAAAGAUUGGUCAAAGAAGACAGCGCUUUUCUUUGCUGCUGAACAUGGUUCGUUGAAAACUGUCAAAUAUUUAGUUGAACAUGGUGCUGAUAUUAAUGCAAAAGAUUGGUCAAAGAAGACAGCGCUUCACUAUGCUACUGAAUGGGGUUCAUCGGAAAUUGUCGAGAAUUUAAUUGAAUAUGAUGCUUAUCUUAAAAAACAAGAUGAGAAAAACAAAAGAGCUCUUCACUAUGCUGCCACUAAGUUGCUGUUAAUGAAAUUAGAUGUUAAUGUACAAAACGUGAAGGAUUCGAUACGUCGUAGUGAUGACACCAAAAUUCUCGACCUUGAGUUGAAGAAGUCCAUUAAACCUGGUCAGAAAAUUCAGAUUUUGAAAGCAAUGGAUAACGAAAAGUUGACAAAG